GGGAGACACUGCUAGUAACUGACUGACUACUACCACGCUACUACUACUACGACGACGACGACGACGACUACUACGACUACUACCACGCUACUACGACGACGACGACUACCACGCUACUACUACCACGCUACUACUACGACGACUACUACCACACUACCACACUACUACUACCACUACCACACUACCACUACUACUACUACCACUACCACUACCACUACCACACUACCACUCCUCACUACUCCCUCUCGCGUAAAUAGCAUCGCUGCAGCACAACCACCGGCCCGGCCCGUCCCUCUCCUCCCACCAUGCUCUCCCUCCCUCGCUCCCUCGCCAGAGCUCGUCCCCUCGUCCCAUCUCGACACAUCCACUCCCAACACCGCACAACCUCCUUUGGCUUCAAAACAAUACCAGAAGAGUCAAAGGAAUCCCUCGUCAAACAUGUCUUUGACUCCGUCGCCUCCUCCUACGACCUCAUGAACGACGCCUCCUCCCUCGGCGUCCACAGGCUCUGGAAAGACGCCUUCGUGUCCACCCUAAAACCGGGUCGCAAGGGCCCCCUUCGCUGCAUAGACGUCGCAGGGGGCACAGGCGACAUCGCCCUCCGCAUCCUCGACCACGCACGCGAGUCCUACGCAGACAGAGAGACCACCGUCGACGUCCUCGACAUCAAUGCCCACAUGCUCAAAGAGGGCUUCACCAGGUUCAAAAAGACCAUGUAUCACAACACUCCCCAGGUCUCCUUCCACGAGGCAAAUGCACAGGACAUGCCCCACUCCCUCUUCAAAGACGACUCCUACGACCUCUACACCAUCGCAUUCGGCAUACGCAACUGCACCUCCAUCCCCGCUGUCCUCAAAGAAGCCCACCGCGUCCUCAAACCAGGCGCAACCUUUGCCUGUCUUGAGUUCAGCAAGGUGAACAACCCUCUCUUCAGCACCCUAUACGACCAGUAUUCCUUCUCCAUCAUACCUCUCAUGGGCACCAUCCUCGCAGGCGACCGCGAGUCCUAUCAGUACCUCGUAGAGUCCAUUCGCAAAUUCCCCUCUCAGCCCGUCUUUGCUCAGAUGAUACGAGAGGCAGGGUUCGCUACCGGGGGUGAUCGCGACGGUGGUGCAUGGACUGAUCUCUGGGGAGGCAUCGCAUGUAUCCACACCGCUGUCAAACUGUAGACAUACUCGUCGUUCACUUAAUCAUAGACUUUCUCUUCUCAUUAUACGCAAACUCUUUGUCCUCUUCCUGUUCUUGUCACUAUGUCACGUAGCCACUCUCAGCCGCGCUCUGAAAACGAGGCAGCGACGCGCCACACCGCGCCUUUUUUUCGCGUAAGC